AUGGAAGUCGAAACUUCUCGACCCUCUGUCCCCUCCCAGCGCCGUUCAGCUCACCUCACCGCGGAAGCCCGCGAAUCGGCGCUCAGGCUCGCCGACGCCCAGAAGCAGUAUGGACGCGGAAAGAAGGUCAACAUAAAGAGCAUAAAAGACAAAAAGCUCCGAAGCCAGUUGAGGACACUUGAGAAUAAGUACAAGGAUGCAUCCUUAAAAGCAAAAGAUGCCGAAGUUCUAUUAGAGCACGAAAGUGGCUUCUUGGAACCUGAGGGAGAGCUCGAGCGGACCUAUAAGGUGCGACAAGAUGAGAUUAGGGAUAAUGUCGGAAUCGAAACAGCAAAAAAGGGAUUUGAGCUGAAGCUGGAGGAGUUGGGGCCUUACAGAGCAGACUACACAAGAAAUGGCAAGAUGCUGUUACUAGCGGGACGGAAAGGCCAUGUUGCGACGAUGGACUGGCGAGAGGGAAAGCUGGGAUGCGAGCUACAGAUUGGAGAGACCGUAAGGGAUGCUAAAUGGCUACAUAAUGAGCUUUUUUUCGCGGUGGCACAGAAACGAUAUGUCUACAUCUACGACCACAAGGGUGUCGAACUACAUUGCCUGGAUAAGCAUGUGGAAGCGACUCAUCUGGAAUUCCUACCAUAUCACUUUCUUCUUGCCAGCGCAGCUACCAGUGGCUACCUGAAGUACACAGAUACAUCGACCGGUCAGCUGGUCGCUGAGCUUCCUACAAGACAAGGCUCGCCUACCUCCCUCUGCCAAAAUCCUUACAACGCAAUUCUCCACGUUGGACAUCAAAACGGCACGGUGACGCUCUGGUCUCCGAACUCCACAACUCCCCUGGUGAAAGCACUCGCCCAUCGAGGUCCUGUACGAUCGAUUGCGGUAGAUCGCCAGGGCCGAUAUAUGGUUUCUACCGGGCAGGACAUGAGAAUGGCGAUUUGGGAUAUUCGCAUGUUUAAAGAAGUACAUAACUAUUCCGUCCAUCAACCAGGAGCAACGGUAUCCAUUAGCGAUCGAGGUCUGACGGCGGUGGGUUGGGGAACAAAGGUCAGUGUUUGGAAGGGCCUGUUCGACGCCGCGGCCGCCAGUGAGCGGAAAGUUCAAAGCCCAUACAUGGCGUGGGGUGGUGAUGGACAACGCAUCGAAAAUGUCCGGUGGUGCCCAUACGAGGAUAUCCUCGGCGUGGCCCACGACAAAGGAUUCUCUAGCCUCAUAGUCCCAGGCGCCGGUGAGCCCAAUUUCGACGCCUCAGAAGCCAAUCCAUAUGAGAAUGUGAAACAAAGACAAGAAGCUGAAGUGAAGUCUCUAUUGACCAAACUUCAGCCCGAAAUGAUUUCUCUCAAUCCAGAUUUCGUGGGCAGUCUGGAUCUAGUCAGUGAUAAGAUCAAGCGAGAGGAAAGGGAUCUCGAUAAAAAGAACGAGGAUCCCAUUGAAAGAUUGAAGAAUCGCGGGCGUGGACGAAAUAGUGCUUUGCGAAGAUAUCUGCGGAAGAGAGGAUCGAAGAACGUGAUCGAUGAGAAGAGGGUUAAAGCCGAGACUCUGAGAAGAGAACAAAAGUCGAGAGUUCAGGGAAAAAUACGACAGGAGAGGGAAGAACUAGGACCUGCGUUGGCCAGAUUCGUCAAAAAGUAA